CCUGGAAACCUCUUUUGCACCCUCCCACCUGCUCCUUCCGCCCAGGCCACCCGCCUAUAAAAAGAGAGGUUUUGGCGCUGGCAAAAAGAGACCGUGAAGAAAACGACCGAGGGCGCUUUUUAGCGCUGCUUGAAAGCGGGCAUCGCGUUCUAAGGGCGCUCGGGUUAGACCGACCGGCCGGGACUUUUGUUCUCUGGACGAGGAAAGGGGCUUUUUUCUGAACUAACCGGGGGGCCCCGGGAGAUCCAUUUGCGGGGCCGCCAUGGAGGUGAGCGCGGCGCGGACGUCGUCGAGUGACAUCGCGGACCUGAACAGCCAAGACGCCCAGACGGUGUGCGAAGCGCUGGGCCGCUACGAAGAAACGCUUCGCGGCGCGGUUAAGGAGAUCCACGUGGAUAUCCAGGUCUUUAAGAACGGCGUGGACCGACAGGUGGCCGAAGUGCUGCGCUUGGCCAACCCGCUGGCCAGCACCGUGGCCGAGCUCCAGCAAGAGAACCAGAAGUUGCGGACGCAGGUCGAGCAUUUAACUCAACAGGUGGAGAUCCUCAGCCGGGCAGCCGGACUCCCGGACGUCUUGGUCUCCAAGCCGGCAUCUCCGACGGCAUCCGUGGCAUCGCCGAAGCUGGGCAGCGGCAGCGGCAACAGCAGCCGCUUUGCCAGCCACGCUAGACUGUCCCUUUUCAGCAAGAGUCAGAGCUUGGACAUUGAGGAUGAAAAGAACUUUAUGAGCAAAAGAAUUCCUGAUUCAGCCAUAACUGAGAAUGGGCAUCAGUUGUCAGGAGAUUCUCCCCUUGAGGCACAUGCUCCAGCCAUGUCUUCACGGAUGCCCCACCAGCCUGUUACUGCAGUAACUAGAGUAUCGGAAACGUUUUCAGGAGAAACGGUUGGAUCGCCAACUGUGCCAAACUCUCCCGGCAGACAGCAGAGCAAUGCUCAUAAUGAGACUGUGUCCAAAACAUUGAUUCAAGCAGAAAAAGAGGUGAAAGGUGCUGGCAGUUCAACCGUGAGCACUGCGAAGAACUGGAACAUGAGUUCAGUGAGGACAACAAAUGCUUCCUUUACCUCAGAUAAAUUUUCUUCGGGGACAAAAUCCACAUCGACUGUAAACUAUGGAAGCCAAUCUAGUGAAAGUGUCACCACAAGCCAACAAACCCAGGCUUCAAAAUCUCACUCUUCACCUUCUUCAGUCCAUCGACAAGUGGAAAAGCGAAGGGAGCUGGUGAGAUCUCAGACUCUUCCCCGGACCUCAGAGACUCAGUCUAGGAAAGCACUCUUUGAGAAGUUCGAGCAGGAUACUGGAAAGGGGAAGAGUGUAGGCCGGACCAAACUCAAAAGAUCCCAGAGUUUUGCAGUUGCCAGUGCCAGCAGCAUCAAGCAAAUCCUCUUGGAAUGGUGUCGGUCCAAAACUAUUGGCUACAAGCACAUAGAUCUGCAGAACUUCUCCUCUAGCUGGAAUGAUGGGAUGGCUUUCUGUGCACUGGUGCACUCCUUCUUCCCUGAAGCAUUUGAAUACCAUACAUUGGACCCCACCAAGCGCAAGGAGAACUUCGAAUUGGCAUUCACAACAGCUGAAAAAAUGGCCAACUGUGACCGCUUGAUUGAAGUGGAGGACAUGAUGCUGAUGGGCCGCAAACCAGACCCCAUGUGUGUCUUCACAUACGUGCAGUCUCUCUACAACCAUCUUCGGCGCUUUGAAUGAAUCCAGGAAGGCCAUGACUCUUAGAAUGGGACUGCUCCACAGCUGCUUUUGUGCUAAUGUUUGGUGCUGCUAAACAGCUGCUUGCAUCCCUGCAGAGGGAAGUCCCAGGCCGCUGGACACAGCCACAAGCCAAAGAGAAAGAAAAGAUAAAAACAGUCAAGGUUCCAGGGCAGCUAGAGCUCUUGCUGAAAAAAUAAUAAUGAUAGAAGGCCGGCAGGUCCUUCCUUGUUCUCUCUAGGCAGCUGUGAAUAGAGAUUCUUGUUCCAAGAAUUUCCUUUUAACUAUAUGUGCAAGCUGAUUUGACCAAAUUGACCUAGAGGGAUAAUUCAAGCAUGAUCUCCUCCUCCCUGUCUUUCUUCCAUAGAUGUCUCUCAAAAGUCUGUAUGCUAUGUCUUAUCAUUUGUGGGCAGCUAUGCUAUUAGUUGCUUUGUAUGAUAUUCCCCUUCUUUUCCCCAUUCCACUUCUUUAUGCUCUGGAAUUCCUGGGAUAGAUUAAUGCAAAGAGACAGAUUCCAGUGUGGAUAGUUUGAAGGCUAAUGUGCAAAUUCUCCUGAUCACGGGAGCUUCCUGCAUACUUUUAGAAUUCAGUUUGUUUCCAAAGGCUGCAGUUUUGAAGCCUGUUUUCCUUCAAACCAAAAGACUGGCUUGUACAUUUUUUUAAAAAAAAUGCUCUUGUAAUAAUGCAGGAUAUUAACCUGCAUGACCAUAACUGACACUUCACCACAAUCUGCUUCAGCAUUAUUUUCCCCCAAUAUCUGUUAAUCUGUCACCUGAAAGCUGCAUGCUGAAUCUUGCUUUGGACCCACCUGAAACUGAGCUCAGUGAAAAAAUGAGGACUCAGUCAGGCGAUAUUAUCUGAUGCUGAAGCCGGUAUUGGCAACCAUGUGAGGGUUAUCAGAUUUAGCAUUUGGGGGGUGGGGGAGAGGGGGAGAGAUUUAGGGAAAAGAAAGUCCACAUGAAAGGUGCAGAGAAAGGUAACAAAAAAGGGACAAAUGAGGCAGAAAGGCCACAAAGAAAGGUGCAGUGAGGCAAUCUGGCUGGAGGAGAACAGAUAUAUUAUUUUUCCUACUUGUGAGGAGGAGUUUAUUUUUUUAAAAACUAUUAAGCCUGUUAUAGGUGUACGUUAUGAUGUAGGAUGUAGGCUCUGGGGGACGCAGAAAUGAGAGUUGUGAGAUGCAUAACUCUGAGCCCUGAGGUUGCUCACUCCUGCAAGAGAGCAAGAAUACUUACCCCAAAUAGCUACGGUGAUGUACAAGGACUGUGGAGAGACUCUUAUGGGCAGAUUGUUGAAAUUCUGCAUAAUACUUGCAUACCUUAGUCUUCUGGUCUUGAAGGAAUGAGGAGAAUUUGCUCUUUAUCAUAUACAUCAAAUUCCCAGGAGGUCAUUGCCAGAAAGGAGACUGAUUACAGCAAGAGCACCACUGAGUCCAAAAUGUUUCUCCAAAAUAUUUGAAUUAACUGGUGCCAGAUACAUCAGUCCUGAUGCAUGCUAACUGAGAAUUCUGGACCAUACCAGAUUGGUAAGAGUCCUCCUAGAAGCAAUUGCUCUGGUAUGUGGGAGAAUUGUGCUCAGUAAAAUAAGGAAGAGGCUCCAAAUCUUCCAAAACUAUCGUGGCUAAAAUGGAGUCAUGGUUCAGAUUAGUCCGGGCUGGGAAAAGUGUUUACAUCCAUCCAUAAGAAAUUGUGCUGCACUUAGACACACCAUUAGAGAAACAGCCAGCUAAAGUGCAGCACAUUUCUAAUCUCAGUUUUGGGAUUUGCUUUUCACAUCUUGAAGCUAUUUUGAAAAUGGUCUCAAGUAUUAUACAAGGUUUUGCACGAAAGCAAGUUGCCUAGUAUCAGCAUAAGCUGCUUUAUAUGACUGACCCCCGCUGGCCACUCGUUAAGAGUUAAAUACUUAGUUCUGUACGCUGGGGAAAUUAACUUUGUCUCAAACAUCCUUUGGAUUUGGGCUCAAACUCCUCUAAACCCAUCAUUGACUAGACUAAGCUAUUUACGCAAUAUUUUAAUUUCCUCUUGAUCCAGUUAACUGUGUUGUGUGAUUGGGGACAGUGUGACCUGAAUCCUAGGGUCAUGCAAUUUUCUUAACACGAAAUUCAGAUUAACAAAACCCAAUUGUUUGGUUCACAUAGCAUCUUUUGCAUGAAGAAACCAAAUUAUGGUUAGGUUGGUGGCCUGAUUUAUACAAAAUGUAAGAUAAGGGCAGGGAUUCCAGCACAUUUAAUUUAGCUUCCUCUACCAUGUCCAAUUAUGUAUGCUUGUGUAUGUUCGGAGCAGGGUGUAUGUCAUAAGUCAUGACUUUAUUCAAAUGAAGAAAAUAAUAUAAAUUGGACAUGACUGGGAGGUUAUGGAAUUUGCGCCAUUUGUAUAAUGAAACUGGCUCGUGUCCCAUCAUCCUGAUUUUUACGGACAUCUAUGUAAUCACAGCUAUUUGGCUAUCCUGAAGCAGCAGGAAUAGUCGUGUGUUUUGGGGUGAAUUAGUGAUUUUUAGCUGUCUGGCCCACACAACUCUGCCACUACAGACCUCCUAUCAACUUCUUGCCAAGGUGUUUCCCUGCACAGUCAAUAGCUUGCUCAGAGCAGUUUCCUGCCUUGGGGCUGUACAGAUGGCCACUAUAAAACAAAUAAAAUAAAGGCAGCUUUGUGUCUGG